AUGUGCAACUGGCUGCUGUUCCUGCUGUGGGCGCUGCUCCCCGGGGCGGCCGCGGCGGGCUCGGACCGACCCUACCCGCACCGCACGGUCCUGGACUCGGAGGGCAAGUACUGGCUGAGCUGGGGCCAGCGAGGCGGCCGUCUCACUUUCCGCCUCGAGGUGCGCACCGCCGGCUACGUGGGCUUCGGCUUCUCGCCUACUGGGGCCAUGGCCUCGGCAGACAUCGUCGUGGGCGGAGUGGCCCACGGGCGGCCCUACCUCCAGGAUUAUUUUACAGAUGCAAAUAGACAGUUGAAAAAGGAUACUCAGCAAGAUUACCACCUAGAAUAUGCCAUGGAAAAUAGCACACACACAGUAAUUGAGUUUACCAGAGAGCUGCAUACAUGUGACAUAAAUGACAAGAGUAUUACGGACAGCACUGUGAGAGUGAUCUGGGCUUACCACCAUGAAGAUGCAGGACAAGCCGGUCCCAAGUACCAUGACUCCAAUCGGGGGACCAAGAGUCUGAGGUUAUUGAAUCCUGAGAAAACCAAUGUGUUGUCUACAACUUUACCAUACUUUGAUCUGAUCAAUCAAGACGUCCUCAUCCCAAACAAAGGUACAACAUAUUGGUGUCAAAUGUUUAAGAUUCCUGUCUUCCAAGAAAAGCAUCAAGUCAUAAAGGUUGAACCAGUGAUACAAAGAGGCCAUGAGAGUAUGAUCCAUCACAUCCUACUCUAUCAGUGCAGCAGCAACUUUAACGACAGUGUCCUGGACUAUGGUCACGAGUGCUACCACCCGAACAUGCCUGAUGCAUUCCUCACGUGCGAGACCGUUAUUUUUGCCUGGGCCAUUGGUGGAGAGGGUUUUUCCUAUCCACCUCAUGUUGGCUUAUCCCUUGGCACUUUGCUAGAUCCUCGCUAUGUGCUCCUAGAGGUUCAUUACGACAAUCCAACAUAUAAGGAAGGUCUUCCUCUGUGUCCCCUGCAGGCUCUGGAGGCUGAAAAGCCAAGUGGAAUUCAUGUGUUUGCUGUUCUCCUCCAUGCUCACCUGGCUGGAAGAGGAAUCAAGUUGCGUCAUUUUCGGAAAGGGAAGGAGUUGAAAUUACUUUCUUAUGAUGAAGAUUUUGACUUCAAUUUCCAGGAGUUUCAGUAUCUAAAGGAAGAGCGAAUGAUCUUACCAGGAGAUAACCUAAUUACGGAGUGUCGCUACAACACAAAAGAUAGAGCACGGAUGACUUGGGGGGGACUAAGCACCAGGAAUGAAAUGUGUCUCUCCUACCUUCUUUAUUACCCAAGAAUUAAUCUUACUCGAUGUGCAAGUAUCCCAGACAUUAUGGAACAACUGCAAUUCAUUGGUGUUAAGGAGAUCUACAGGCCGGUCACGGGAGGAUUAGUAGAUAAUUCAGGACUGAGAUUAUUUCAUACGACUGAUAUUAGGAAAUACGAUGCUGGGGUGAUCGAGGCUGGCCUCUGGGUAAGCCUCUUCCAUACCAUACCUCCCGGGAUGCCUGAGUUCCGAUCUGAGGGUCAUUGCACCCUGGAAUGCCUAGAAGAGAUUCAAGGAAUGACAGCAUUGCCUCCAGAGAUAGACAGGCCGUACAAAGCAGAGCCUGUGGUGUGCAGAACGCCACCGUCCUCCUCUCAGCACAGAAAUGUCUCUCUCAAGUUGCUUGUGUGCUUCGUGGUCCUCGGGAGCGUGCUGAGCGGCAAACACCUGUGA